UUCUGGUUGGGCCUCAUCGGCUACUAUUCAAUUUCAAAUAUUUCCUCAUUUUUCGAUCUGUCCGCCAAUCCUCUUUCUUCCUCCUCCGCUCUCUCUCUCUCUCUCUUCAUAAAACCAAUUUCACAGAGUAUUCCGAGCUAUGUAGCAUUGUUAACUCCACACCUAAUUCAAAAAUUCAAUUUCACGUGAUUGUUCACGCUAAAGCUACUCGAUAUACCUAACAAACUACCAAUCAAUUCACAAACAUGGCGACCUCGGCGUUCAAAUCAACCACCAAGAGAGCCACCUCGGAGUAUUCCGAUCACCGCCGCUCCCGCAGCCUCAGCCGCUUCUCCCGCUCCAUUGCGCCGGAGCCGGAGGCCGAUAUGGACUACAUCAAAAACGCGCCCAGGGGGAAAUUCGUCAACACCGCCAGGGGGCCGUUCCCGGAGAUCAGCUUGGACGAUCUGGCGCUCGAGUUAUUCUCUUCUUCGUCUAAGAAUGAGAGCGACGGAGGAGCCGUGGAGCGGGAGGGGCGCUCUGCCUCGCGCCGUGGGGAGGUUGGGCGGUGGGCGAGCGAUACGGCGUCGUCCAGGAGAAGGGGGCGGUCUGUGUCGAGGAGCCGAGGUGACGCUGCUUCUAUUAGUUCCGCAUCCUCGGGGCCUAAAAAUGCUGUCUCGCGUGACGAUAGUUCGCGGCGGCGGAGGUCUGUAUCUGUGGCGAGGAAUGCUACUCCUAAUACGGAUAAGAACGCUGUGGUGGCUGAUUUGGGGACGCGACGGCGGAGGUCGUUAUCGGUGGCGAGGAGUAGUGCGAAUGCUGUUCCUAUUCAGGACAAGGAUGCCGUCGCGGCUGACGCGGGGACGCGGCGGCGGAGGUCGAUGUCAGUGGCGAGGUAUCAGAUUAGCGACUCUGAGAGUGACAUAGAUUGUUCUCAGAAUACAAGCAAUCGUGCUACUAUGAUAGCUCCUACUAGUGGGAAUACUCAUUUACACCUGGCAUCAAAAACUGCAGCUUCAAGCUACCGCCUGGCAGGAAGAGCUAGAAGCCAGAUAGACCUCUCCAUGUUAAACGAUGAUUACUCUAGCCAGUCUUCUGCCUUAACUGAUGAUGAAUCAAAGGAUACUCGUUUUGGGAGAAAUGGAUCUGAGAAGAUAAUCCGAGCAGUUCAUGCUCAGAAGAAGGCUGACCAUCCAUCUGAGGAAGUAGCAAAUGGUGGAUUAUAUGCAGUAAUGAGGAAAGAACUAAGACACGCUGUUGAAGAAAUACGAACUGAACUACAUCAGGCGAUGGGAAAAUGUCAGAUAGCUUUGCCCAGUAAUGACUGCUCGCUAUCAGAAAAUGCUAAGAUUCCUCACGAUUCCUUCAGAAUCAGAGAGAAAUAUGCUAAAAAAUUGGAGCAGUUGGAAAAGCAGAAAAAGAAUCUUCUUGCUGAAAUGUUGCUUGAGGAGCAAUGCGAUCAAGAGGUCUCUGAAACUUAUGAAGAACUUUCUAAUUCAAGAGCUUCAGGUGUGACAGAGAAGCCGCCACAAGCUAGAAAGAGAAGCAGUGAUAGAAGUAGAUUGUCAGAUAGACUGACUGAGGAUGCAGAAAGGUACUUUGAGGACUUCAUCUCCAAUAUCGAAGACACGGAUUUAUCUUCCUUUGAUGGGGAAAGAAGCGAUGGAAGUUCAACUUUAAGAGUUUUGUUGAGGGGAAGAAGAGACUUUACGAUAGGAGAGGCUGAAACUUGUAGGACACCAGCAGGAUCUACUUCUUGCCCUGCUGAAAUGGAUGGUGUUAUUUUCCCGUGGUUGCAGUGGGAGACUAGCCAUGAUGGCUCGCCAUGUGGGAAGACCGAGCUACAAAAUCCUACGACUCCACAUGCUCUACAUAGGGACUCCGAAAAGGAGUCAAGCCAAUUGCAUGAUGCAAGUAGCUUUUCCGUGAGCAGUCAUAGUAGUUGGAGCCCAGGCCCUUGCCACAGUUCUUCAAUAGAUAAAAGAGAAAAGGUAUGUCCAACAAAAGCUGGCAAUGAUAGUGUGUCCAAAUUUGACAUGGAUGAGUACCUUAAUCUCCAAAAUAAAGAGGAAAUGUUGUUUGAAAUGUAUAGAGAACGGAACAGAAUUGGUUUGGGCGGUUUAUUGCUGUGUACUGGGGGGCUUCAUUAACUCCCCAUGUGAUGUAGGAUUCAUUCAAAUUCAGAUAGUUGUGAUAUGAUGAUAUGUAGAGGUGAUGCUUUUUACAGAUGAGAAGAUAAACUUUGAAGUUGAAGUUGAAAUAUGACGCAGUUAUGAUGAA